CCUGCCAAAGACCCUCUUUCCCACCUAUUCACCUGUAUAAAGAGUGAAAUGCUUAACCCAAAUCCAAAUAAGCUUAAACAAAAAAAUAGAUCACCCAUGGCUUACAACUUCAUUCCAUGGCUGAUUAUAAUUUUUGUCCCUUGUGCUCUUGGCGGAAAAGUUCCAGCAAUUAUCGUAUUCGGCGAUUCAUCCGUAGAUGCUGGCAAUAAUAACCAGAUUUCUACUAUUCUUAAGAGCAAUUUUGAGCCUUAUGGGCGUGACUUUUAUGAUAAAAGGCCAACAGGAAGGUUCUGUAAUGGGCGUAUUCCGCCAGAUUUUAUAUCUGAGGCUUUUGGUUUGAGACCAUUUGUGCCUGCUUAUUUGGAUCCAAUGUAUAAUAUAACUGAUUUUGCCGUUGGAGUUUGUUUUGCUUCUGCUGGUACUGGUUAUGACAAUGCCACUUCUCAAGUUCUAAAUGUGAUACCAUUGUGGAAGGAAAUAGAGAACUACAAGGAGUAUCAAAAGAAACUAGAAGCAUAUGUAGGGAACAAGAAAGCAAAAUACAUAAUACAUGAAGCACUCUAUCUUGUGAGCAUGGGAACAAAUGAUUUCUUGGAGAAUUAUUAUUCAAUACAAAGCAAACGUGCAUUUCAAUUCACAGCAGAACAAUUUCAAGGAUUCCUUAUUGAACUUGCAGAGAAUUUUAUCAAACAAAUUUAUCAUCUUGGAGCUAGGAAAAUAUCAUUAACAGGACUUCCUCCUAUGGGUUGUUUGCCUUUAGAAAGAGCAACAAAUUAUAUAAGAGGAAAUGGAGAUGGAUGCAAUGAGAAAUAUAAUAAUUGUGCUUUGCAGUUUAAUGGGAUGUUAACUGGUUUGGUUCACAAGUUAAAUAGGGAGCUUCCUGGGAUUAGAGUGGUGUUUUCUAAUGCAUAUGAUCUCAUGCUUCAAAUGAUUAAAAAUCCUUCCUCAUUUGGAUUUGAUGUGGCAGGUGUAGCAUGUUGUGGCACAGGACUAUUUGAAAUGAGCUAUUUGUGUGACAAGUUAAAUCCACUCACAUGCACUGAUGCAAAUGAGUAUGUAUUUUGGGAUUCUUUCCAUGUCUCCCAGAAAACUAACCUCAUUAUCACCAAUUUCUUGAUGAAAAAUGUCCUCAAUCAAUUUUUAUAAGAUCAUGUAACUUUGUACGAUCAUUUAUAUCUUGUCUUGUAUCUAAUUUAAUUUACUGGAAUGUACUAUCCGGAAUUUGAAAAAAACAAUAUAUAUAUAUAUAUAUAUAUAUAUAUUUAUUGUAUAUAUUGGUCAUAUCAUGAUGGCCGUUAUAUUUGUACUCUUUAUUUCGACACGUUAAGUAAUGUAAUUUGUCUUGGAUUCUUGUUUGUCUUAUAAAUUUGUAUUUUGAA